CAGACAGUGUGGUUGAACAAUCGCGUUUACUUCGGAAUGCGUGGUAGACAGGACCAUACAAACCUUCUUUUGGGGGACAUUGAGCUGAAAGAGCACCAGACUCUCGAGAGUACUUGGAAUUUACAGAGAGAAGUACGAAAACAAGGAAUGGAUCUAGCCGAAACUCGAACAGAGAAGUUGCUCCCAGGGUGUUUGCAACACCCGGUGAUGAGUUUUGUCCAGUUGCCAUCUACAAAGAAUAUAGACGUCGAAGACCAGCCGAUCUGCUAGACAAUAAAAGCAGGUUUUACCUUCAGCCAAUAAAUUCACCCAAAACAGAUGUUUGGUAUUCACAUCAGCCUGUCGGAAAAAAUGAACUUGGAAAAAUAAUGAAAGAAUUAGCUGAGAAAGGCCAACUAGAAGGCCGAAAAGUAAAUCACUCCACAAGAAAAACAUUUGCCCAAAUACUUGUUCAAGCAGGUCGGCCACCUACGGAAAUAGCUCAUCUAGGAGGUUGGAAAAACCUGCAAACAUUAAAUGUUUUUUCCACCCCUACUUUAGAACAGCAGGCUCAAGCUUCUGACAUCCUAUCAGACCAUAUGCGACCAUCUUCAAGAAACGAUUUUGUUACACAAUGCCAUGUUCAAACAAUUGAACAUAAGAACACCUCUGUAUUGGCAGAUAUAAAACCAAUAAUGAACACAAAUUAUACUUGUAAUACACUUGAUGCUAGUCGAAGUGUUUCUUCAAAUGUCUCAAAACAACACUCAAAUCCGUUUGCAGUGUUAUGUGGUGCUUACAUUUCUGGAGGUACUUUUAACAUUAACUUUGUGUCGGGGAAGAGAAAGUUUUCUGAUGUUGGGAGCUCGCAGGAAUCACAGUAGACAGUCUGACAAUCACAUUUUGUUGUAUAUGUAAUAAUUAAGGUCAAACUGAUAAAAUGUAGUUAUUUUUCCAGUUGUCUUUGUUAUAAGUUAAAUAUGUUAGAAUUCGAUUUUUACAGUUGUUCUUUGUUAUAAUUA